CUCAUAUCAAAGAUAGUGGUGUGACUUGUAAGAGAGAAAACAGUUAAUAGUUUGACUUGGAUUGGUCUUUGUGAUCUUUCAAGUUCAUCUCCAAGUCAGCUUAGCCCGUCUGUCUCUCUCUUGCUCCCCACCCCUCUCUCUCCCAGUCGCAUACCCCGUCAUCGCCGUUUCGGCAUCCGCACAAACGUUAUGGAGACGACUUUGCCCCUCCCCUUCCUGGUCUGCCUUGCUGCACUCCCCGGCCUGGCAGGGCCGGAGGGUCUGAGUCGGGAGGAAAUCAGCUGCCUUGGUUUGGUUUUUGCUGAAGUUACUCCGGAGACCGUGGAUGAGACCCUCACCUUCCUCAGCCAGCACAAUGUCGAUUUCCUGCCGUUUCUGGACUUGACUCGCCUCGAGUCCAAGGACGACGUCCUGUCCCUGCUCGACGCCGGCGCACGGAAGGUAUUCGUGAAGCCUGAGAACCUGUCAGAGUAUACCCAGUACGGCUCUCGAGUGGCCCCUGCCGUCAAGAGUCUCGAUGCUCUCGAGUCGGCCACGGAGCAUGGGCUCCUCCUUUCAGACUUUGAUCACUCCAAAUGUGAGAUUGGCCCGUUCCUGGAGAAGGCAAAGUCGACAAAGAUCAAGAACCUCUUUAUCAAGCCUGUUGAGGGCGCCAUCCUUGAGCACUUCAUCGAUGUCGCUGCCCAGCUGGGGGCCACUCCUAUUCUUCCCUCCUCCGGCAUGACCACCGCCAAGGACACCAGCAGCAAAUUGUCAGUCUCAAAAGUGCUGUGUUCCACCUGGAGCUCGGACCGUCCAGACAACCUCAUCCCCACCGUUGUUACGGAUGAGAACGGCAUCGCUCUUGGUCUGGUCUACAGCAGCGAAGAAAGCGUCGGGGAGGCUUUACGAACCCAGACUGGCGUCUACCAAAGUAGGAAGCGUGGCCUUUGGUACAAGGGAGCGAGCUCAGGAGACACGCAGGAGCUCGUCAGGAUCUCUCUGGACUGCGACAGUGACGCAUUGAAGUUUGUCGUUCGGCAAAAGGGCCGCUUCUGCCACCUUGAGCAGUUUGGCUGUUUUGGGGAGCUCAAGGGCAUACCCCGGCUGGAGCAGACGCUGAAGUCUAGGAAGCAAUCCGCACCGGAGGGGUCAUAUACGGCGCGUCUUUUCAACGACGAGAAACUCCUGCGGGCCAAGAUCAUGGAAGAGGCCGAGGAACUGUGCGACGCCAAGUCCCAGCAAGACGUGGCCUUUGAGGCCGCUGAUCUCAUCUACUUUGCCCUGACGAGGGCUGUCUCGGCCGGUGUGAGCCUGUCAGAUAUUGAGAAGAGCCUUGACGCCAAGAGCUGGAAGGUGAAGAGGCGGACGGGUGACGCCAAGGGCAAGUGGGCUGAGAAGGAGGGCAUCAAGCCUGUCGACGGGACCACCACGGCAGCAGUCACCGCGCCAGCCACAUCGAGUCCUGUCUCAUCCUCGGACAGGAUCACUAUGCAGCGUCACGACCUGUCCGCGCUUGCACCUGGUCAGCUGCAGCAAGUGCUGAACAGACCAUCACAGAAGUCUGCCGAUUCAAUUAUGAAGAUCGUCGUGCCUAUCAUCGACGAUGUCAAGAAGAAUGGUGACAAGGCUCUCCUGUCUUAUACUCAAAGGUUCGAGAAAGCCAGCUCCCUGACUACCACAGUCAUCAAGGCUCCUUUCCCCGAAUCCCUCAUGCAGCUUCCCGCCGAGACCAUCAAGGCUAUCGACACAUCUUUCGACAACAUCAAGAAGUUCCACGCUGCGCAACAAGAAGAAAAGCCUCUCCGCGUCGAGACCAUGCCCGGGGUGGUCUGCAGCCGAUUCUCCCGGCCGAUUGAGCGCGUUGGUCUCUACGUUCCUGGUGGCACGGCUGUUCUACCUUCUACGGCCCUCAUGCUUGGCGUUCCUGCCAUGGUCGCCGGCUGUAAGAAGAUUGUCCUCGCCUCGCCACCACGGUCCGACGGCAGCGUAACCCCUGAGAUUGUAUAUGCUGCACACAAGGUCGGUGCCGAAAGCAUUGUGCUCGCUGGUGGCGCCCAGGCCGUUGCAGCGAUGGCAUAUGGCACCGAGAGCGUGAGCAAGGUGGACAAGAUCCUCGGCCCGGGCAAUCAAUUUGUGACUGCCGCCAAGAUGUACGUCAGCAAUGACACCAACGCCGGCGUGAGCAUCGACAUGCCAGCGGGCCCUUCGGAGGUUCUCGUCAUCGCCGACAAGGAUGCCAACCCCGCUUUCGUGGCAAGCGACCUGCUCAGCCAGGCCGAGCACGGCGUGGACAGUCAGGUCAUCCUCAUCGCCGUGGAUCUUUCCCACGAGGGGCUGCAGGCUAUCGAGGACGAGCUACACAAGCAGGCCAUGGCCCUGCCGCGGGUUGAGAUUGUGCGCGGGGCCAUUGCCCACUCUGUCACCAUCCAGGUCAAGACGGUCGAACAGGCGAUGGAGGUCAGCAACGAGUACGCACCAGAACACUUGAUCCUACAGCUCAAAGACGCCGAGAAGGUCUGCGAGCUGGUCAUGAAUGCGGGCAGUGUGUUCAUCGGCCAGUGGACGCCCGAGAGUGUCGGUGAUUACUCCGCUGGAGUGAACCACUCACUACCAACCUACGGAUAUGCCAAGCAGUACUCGGGUGUCAAUCUUGGGUCAUUUAUCAAGCAUAUCACCAGCGCCAACCUCACAGCUGAAGGACUGCGAAACGUUGGCGGGGCUGUGAUGCAGCUGGCUAAGGUGGAGGAACUCGAGGCUCACAGAAGGGCCGUUGGCAUUCGCAUUGAGCACAUGGACAAGUAGAUGCAUUGUUGCCCAUCCAUCAAAGACAGUGACGAGACGCAGAUAGCUUGACAGCCAUGUAUAGAACUGCCAGGAUGUGAAUAGGAAUGAGAUCGUGUAGAUACUUGAAGUAACGCUAAACCGUUAAAGCAUGGCUGACCUGCCCAUAC